AUGGCUCUGAUUGCUUCUUCUCUGACAGCUCUGAUUGUUUCUUCUUCUGCAGCAGCUCCAGCUGAUUCUUCUGUGGUUGCUUCUCCAAGUCCUGCUCUGAAAGCAGCAAAGAUCCUGCUCACCUUGCUGAACUUGGAUAGAUGUAUCAUCAGAACAAAGCUCGCCAAUCGCCUGAUAUUCCCGUUCGAUUGCUGGAGAUCCCCAAAGCCAUCAUACAUGACCACUCGUCGCCAUGCCGAGCUCCUGCAAAGAUAUCCGUAUGCCAUACUUCCCCAGUACACUCUUUGCAAAACAUCGCAUGCUAAUCCAACCCGUGCAGGACAGGCUCUGGCCCAAUGCCUGCAAGAAUCGGACUGCAUCAUGGUCCAACGCAACACCCCUCAAGACUGUCUUCGCUCACCGCAAUUGGAACAACUCCCCAUGAAAUGUCAACAACUCAAGAAGGGCUUCAGUGAAUGCAAGUACGUUGUGGAAACCCAACCCCCACCCUCCCCCAAGGCGCGCCUGCUGCUUGUGCAACGCCGCCACUCACUGCACUACGCCUACAACAAGCGUGGUAUGGUCGAUAUGCGCAAACGCUUCCGAGGCAACGCCCCCGUCGCGCUCACCAAGGAAACCGAUGCGACGACGGGUGAAGUUGUCGAGAAGAGGGCCCCCGUUCCCCAGCUUUACGCGGGCAAACCAGCGGUUCAGUCAAUAAAGGAGACUAGUGGAGAUGAGUUCCAGAUGGAUCCGGAGAAGACAAGGGGCUUGUAA